AUGGUCAAAGGCGGUGUUCCAGCUGCCAGUGCUGGCCCAGGCAUUUACAGUGCUACAUACAGUGGCAUUCCCGUGUACGAAUUUCAAUUCGGAGGCGAUUUGAAGGAACAUGUUAUGCGACGAAGGCACGAUGAUUGGAUUAAUGCAACACACAUUUUGAAAGCUGCCGGGUUCGACAAACCCGCUCGUACCAGAAUUUUAGAGCGAGAUGUACAAAAGGAUGUCCACGAGAAGAUCCAAGGCGGAUACGGCAAAUAUCAAGGAACCUGGAUUCCCCUCGAAUCCGGCGAGGCACUUGCCCAACGUCACAGUAUUUAUGACCGACUACGACCCAUCUUUGAGUUUGUGCCAGGCAACGAAAGUCCUCCGCCAGCUCCCCGGCAUGCAACGAAACCCAAGGCAUCAAAGGCCAAGCCGGCGCCGCCUCCGCCCCCGCCUCCAAAAUGGGGUGCAGGCGCUGUAAUAGCUCGGCAAGAGGAGUUUGAUAAUGGGGACACCAUGAUGGGCGAAGAAGACACGCCGGAUAAUUUGACUGUAGCGUCGGCUUCAUACAUGGCAGACGAUGAUCACUUCGACAUGUCACACAUGUCAACAGGCCACAGGAAACGAAAGCGAGAAGAGCACAUGCAAGACCUCACAGAACAACAACAUGCGGUUUACGGUGAUGAGUUGCUCGACUACUUUUUGCUCUCUAGAAAUGAGCAGCCUGCUGUCAAACCGGACCCGCCGCCAAACUUUCAGCCGGACUGGCUCAUUGAUGCUGAAAAUCACACUGCUCUCCAUUGGGCAUCUGCCAUGGGUGACGUCGACGUCAUCAAGCAGCUGAAGAGGUUUCAUUCGAAUGUCUCUGUGAAGAACAUUCGUGGAGAGACCCCAUUCAUGCGGUCCGUCAACUUCACAAACUGUUACGAAAAGCAGUCAUUCCCCGCAGUGUUAAAGGAGCUUUUCGAGACCGUCGACGCCAGAGACAACGCAGGCUGUACUGUCAUUCAUCAUGCAGCGGUGAUGAAGAACGGCAGGGUUUUUAGUCCGUCUUGUUCACGGUACUAUCUGGAUCUCCUUUUAAACAAACUACAAGAAAACGUAGACCCCUCUACCUUUCAGCAGAUGCUGGACGUGCAAGAUAACGAGGGCAACACGGCACUCCAUCUUGCAGCCCAAAGAAACGCUCGCAAGUGCAUCCGCGCACUGCUUGGUCGUAACGCAUCAACAGACAUUCCCAACAAUGAGGGCGUCAGAGCAGAAGACUUGAUCAUGGAGCUCAACGCCACGAAGAAGGAACGAGGACCGCAACGGUCAUCCUCGCCAUUUGCACCCGACUCACAAAGGCAUGCCUCGUUCCGAGAUGCCUUUGCCGAAAACAAGAAGAAGACACCAACGAAUUUUCAAUCGGCAGCCGCCACAACAGUACAAUCACGGAUCGCACCACUGCUGAUGCAAAAGUUCCAAGACUUGGCCAAGAGCUAUGACGACGAAUGGCACGAGAAAGACGUAGCAGAAGCAGAAGCCCGACGAAUUUUAGCAAACACCCAGGCGGAAUUGAACGCAACGCAUCAGCAAAUUGCCGAGCUCGAGGCCCAACUCGAGACGGACGACGAGGCAACCAAGAUUAUGGGCGAGGCCAACAGGUCCAAACACCAGGUGCUGUCUCUAAUAACCCAUCAAAACAGACUACACAUUCACCAAGCCGUCGAAGCCGACAUGAAGCGGGUCAACGGCGACAAUGGCGAAACCAACUCCUACGAAGACAGAUUGGCGCUCUCACACCAACUCAUUUCUUUGGUUGGCGAGCUCCGCAAAGCAGAAAGCGAAUACGUCGACGCCCUGAGCAUGGUAGGAACAGGAGACAAGAUCGACAAGUACAGGAAACUGCUAAAGAAAUGCCUGGAUCCAAAGGACGGCGAAAUCCUGGACACAAACCUCGACAGUCUCAUUGACAUGAUGGAGGAGGAACGGGACGUGAAUGACAUGGAUGGCGCGGCUGCACCCUCAACAGGCGACCCCAUGGACUUUGGUGUUGGCAAUGUAUAG